AUCGAAAUCCAAUUCUUUUACUCAAAACUCUCUCCCUUUUGCUUCGUUGAAUACCAUACCUAACUAAUGGCGCCCAAGGCAGCGGAGAAGAAACCGGCGGAGAAGAAACCAGCAGCGGCAGAGAAGGCACCGGCCGAGAAGAAGCCCCGAGCGGAGAAGAAGUUGCCGAAGGAAGGCUCUAUUGAUAAGAAAAAGAAGAAGGCCAAGAAGAGCGUAGAGACUUACAAGAUAUACAUAUUCAAGGUGUUGAAACAGGUUCAUCCUGAUAUUGGUGUCUCUAGCAAGGCUAUGGGGAUCAUGAACAGUUUCAUCAACGAUAUUUUUGAGAAGCUCGCUCAAGAGGCUUCGAGGCUUGCUCGAUACAACAAGAAGCCCACCAUCACUUCCCGGGAGAUUCAGACUGCUGUUAGGUUGGUUCUUCCUGGAGAGCUUGCUAAACAUGCUGUUUCUGAAGGGACCAAGGCUGUUACUAAGUUCACUAGUUCAUAAAUUUAGGGUAUCUAAAGUUUCUUAUGGAUCUAUAUUGGGUGUUUAAGAAUUGGCCUAGUAGUGAUUAGGGAUCUAGGGUUUUUUGGAUGUAAAUUGUGCAUGGAUUAAGGUUUUUUAUUGAAAUUUGAUUGGCUUUUUAAUUAAUGAAUUUUCUGGUUCCUAA